CUUGACUAUGUUUUGAGGAAAUUUGGUUGUGUUCGUGUUCCUUUUAUCCUAAAUAUUAGUGUUGAUUCGGUGUUUUGUGUAUCUUAACGAUAAAAUUAAAAUGGAAUUGUCACUAUGUGACCCAGAGGUCAUAAGUUGGAGUUGUGUAGUUAAUACCACAUAAGGCUGCUUCCUGUAUAACUUGCACAUAGCAUGAUGUUCCUCUUUAUUCUGUGAUAAAAUCAUUUUCUGUAUAACUGGAUAGUAUUCUUUCUUCAAAACCCUGAGAGGAUUAUUUUGUAUGACUGUAUAACUGUAUUGUGAAUGAUAGAAGGUUAAUACUAUUGUUGAUGCUUCUGAUGGUUCUAACGAGGUUGAGGGAUUAUGCCGAUGAAAUCCUAGCAACCGACUGAGAAAUUAAGAACAGCAGCAGGGGAAACAAUGAGGAUCGUGAUGAAAAGCUCUUCAUUUUUUUUUUUGUAGCACAAUGUUAGCCUUUAUAUUGUGUUUGUUAUCUUGCCCACAUUAAACCUUAUAAUUAUAUGAACUUUUAACUCAUUGAACUUAUUUUUGGUUGGUGACUGGAAAAUUCUUUGAUGAACAUUUUUUCAAUUCACACCAGUUGUUAUUUGAUGUACACCAACGAUAACCACAGGAUUAAACAAAAUGCACCAACUUUUAGAAUUGGUGAAAGGAGUUUUCGUUGUGAAGAAGAGCUUGUAGGUUGUAUAGGUUGUCUUUGUCCUUGCUUUCUCUUUGGGAAGAAUGCUGAAAUUCUGGGUUCUGGAACUUUCCUGGGAUCAUGUGUUACACACUUUAUAUUAUGGAGUGUGGUUAAUACAGCCUGCUGCUUAUUAACUGAUGGCUUGUUUUUGGGUUUACCGGGAUGCCUUGUUUCGUGUUAUGCCUGUGGCUAUCGCAAGGCCUUAAGAUCAAAGUAUAAUUUGCCGGAAGCACCCUGUGGGGAUUUUGUUACCCAUUUUUGCUGUCACCCCUGUGCUAUUUGUCAAGAAUAUCGUGAGAUAUGCGAAAGAUCUGGGGAUAGUCAAUCAACAAACUUGAAGCUAGCUGUAGUUACAGCUCCACCAAUCCAGACAAUGCAACCUGAUUCCAAGCAAUAAUGUAGUUAUACACUAUCGUGCUUUCUCAGUUUUACCACCUUAAUUCUCUUCUUGAAGAAAACUACAAGAAUAUCAUAUAGCCAUUUGUACAUAAAAAUUGAUUGCGUUUGAUUCUUAGUUACCUUAAUUUUUGUGUCAUAUGUACCCUUUUUACUCCUUGAAAGACAAGUAGAACAACAUAUACCAUGGCAUGACCUAAUUUGUC